AUGAAGGUCUUUAACCUGACAAAUUUGACAGAACUUAGAUUAAGCAGCAACAACUUCACUGGAAAAUUACCUAGUUUUCAGAAUUUGAAACAACUUCAAAAGCUAGAGAUCCAAGCUAGUGGUUUUGAAGGGCCUAUACCUUCUAGCCUUUUUGUCUUAAGUAAUUUGACUGAACUGAGGAUUAGCGACUUACAUGGAGGGAGUUCAAUAUUUCCACUGCGAAGCAACAUGACAGGGAUGAAAAGAUUGAUGUUGAGGAGCUGUAACAUAAGUGGAACAAUUCCAAAUUACAUAGCACAAAUGAAAGGAUUGCAAUAUUUGUAA